GCAACCGCCCACCCAGUGCAGCAUCAGCACCUCGCUCUGGGUGAAUGCGGUGCCGCAUUGAACAAAUUUUACGGACACGUGCUACCAUAAUGCGCUGCAUAUUUUAUCUUACUGAAACGAAGUCCCGCUGAAAUUGCCUCGGACAACGUUUACAUGGCGCAAAGUAUAUAUGUGUGAAUAACACACGUAAGCAAAGACUAUUCAAGUCUGGCGCGAUUACGUAGUGAUGCUCAUGUCCGGGAUACGGACGGGAUGAGAGUCCUCGUGACUGCGGGAGGAAAAGGGGGAGACUGAACCUAGGAUAAAAUGCUCUCAAAGGGAAUAUCGUGGCUUUAUAAUUAUUAUUCAAAACAAACGGAUGCAUCACGGAAGCAACAUAGCGAGCUGUUCACAACAAACUGCCUCCGCGCGCCUGCUUUCAUUUCCCUUUGUGUCGACUCUUCCCUUUUCUCUCCCGACACCGUUGUGCUUCAUGAGACGUGUUUUCCGAGUUCAGGUGGGGGCUGCGAGGCUCUCUAGUGGAUACCCGGUGAAGAUACACUUCGAUGUGAGCAGGACUCGUAUUGUGUUUUCCUCUUCGAGUAGCUAGAAGGCCGAAACUGCUCCGCUCCGCGCGGCCUGCCGAAGGCUCUGGGUACCGCAAUGCCGCGGGGAUGGGGAGAGAGAGACGGCAGGUGGGCUGUGGAGCAAGCCACAUCAAGGGAUAUCGGAGAAUGCAGAUGUACGACGCCAAGAAUAAGUGUUGACACAACAUAAGUUGAGUUUUAACAGCUGUGGAUGUGAUAUAGACCCUAACGGCGUAUUUAAAGGAUUAUCUUCUUCACAUAUUAAACACAUAGUCCCAUAAUUUAGGAAGCGUUUCAGUAGCCACCAUGCCCUCACCGUCGGACUCCAGCAGCGUGGCCUCGAUGUCGGGGUCUCGAGCCCUGUCCGGUAGUCGCAGAAGGAUGUCUGGGCGGACCAGUGCGCGCGUGCUGCUGUACCUGGGCUUGUGUCACCUUGCACUGGGGGCCAUGGUGCUUGCCUUCAGCUUCACAAGCCUCGCCUUCACCUCAUCACCCCGUGUCAGACAGUCCUGUCCUUUCUGGGCUGGCUUCUUUGUUGUGGCAUCCGGAGUAGUUGGUGUGAUAUCAUGGAGGAGGCCCUUCACUCUCGUCGUGCACAGUCAUCUGUGUCUUUGCUGUGACCCCAAGCAGAAAUGUUCUAUAACAGAAGAUGAGGCACUACUCCUCUACCGACAUUCAGACUGCCACUCUGUGCGUCACCGGCUCAAGGAUCUGCUGUUCAGUGCCUGUGGUCUUAGUAUUCUCUCUACUAUUAUCUGCACUCUGUCCACGGUCACCUGCAGCAUUCACAUAUUCUCUCUGGACCUACUGCAUCUACUGGCUCCUCAUCGCUCUCGCUCUGUAAACCCAGAAUGCACCACUCCUCAGGAUGCAUUUCUCAGUAACAUGAUGGACUUUGAGGAGUUUGUUCCACCCAUUCCACCACCACCGUACUACCCUCCUGAAUACACCUGCAGCUCUGAGACCGAUGCACAGAGUGUCACAUAUAAUGGAUCAAUGGAGAGUCCAGUGCCUCUGUACCCAACGGAUUGCCCUCCUCCUUACGAGGCAGUGAUGGGUCAAAGGGCUCCCAGUCAGGCCACAGUGUAUGACACUCAAGCCAAUGAGCUUUCUGGAGAGAGGGGAACAUCCAUAGCAUUCAGUGGUGAAGUGUCAAUGGACAGUGGCUCUCUGUUGAUGUCUGAGAUUGUGGAUAUUCCAGAUGACAGCUCCCCAUCUGAGGACUCCUGCCUCAUGGAAGUUGGUGUUGGUAUGCGGUCCCGGCCUCGGGGGGGCAGUGAGGGAGGGGAGGGGGCAGAGUACGCCAGCUUCCGUUCUUCCACACAACAUCCUGAGGGAAUGGUGGCUCCUUCCAGAAGACGUUGUUUCCGAGGCGAGAGAUCGAACUCCUGCUCCUCCCCGAGCACGUACAACACCUCUACCUACAGGUCUCCAGUGUUGAGGCGUCAGGCUCUGUUGGCAAGUAGCUGCUCUCAGUUGGAGUUCCUAGCAGGAUCUCAACAUUCCUCUAUCCCAGAAAUCCGAGUUCGGCCCUGCACACCUUCCCGACGGGACUCCUCAUCUGCAUUUAGUAACCCAUCUACCACAGCCCCAACGGGUCCUGCUCAAGAACGGCCGGACCACGCAGUACCAGUGCUCUUUCCCCGGCCAGGUUUCCGUGAGCAAAUUGGACGUGAUAGAAAAGACAGCGACAGCUUCUUACCUCUCAUGAGGUCACACAGUGAACCAGGACUCAGCUCUUCAACUGACACAGGGGAUUUCAGUCUCUCAGGAGGCAAUAAAGGAGUCAGUGAGGGGGGAUCGCAGACCUCAUCAGAAACAGGAGUAUCGUCUGGAGCUGGUUUGCUGCCUCGCUCCUCUCUGGCACUUCCUGCUUCCCUGCCCAGAAAAGGCAGCAUUAAGGCUAUAAGUAGUCGGCUGCCCUCAAAACAAGUCCCAGCCACCUCGCUGCGUUUACCCAAAGACUGUGCACUUUCACUUGGAGACCUCAAGGUCACCAAAGUUUUAGUGCAACGUUUUCUGCAGAGAUCCAAACGUAAUUUAGCACCUGCAACUGAGCAUACCGCAAACUGUACUCAGGGGACUAAAAAGAGGACAGCAGGUGAUGGAGGUCUGUCAUUAGAACAGGUACUUCGUAACUCUCUGGGGGCCAGCAGGGGGCAGCAGCAGCAGCACAUCCAUCAUCACUGCCGUGGACACCAUCACUCCCUUAGUGACAGUCGCCAUACUGCCCACCGCCAUGAUGAUGACCCUGUAAGGGCCGGGGGAAUCCACCUGCGUAGCUGCGGAGACCUCAGCUCGACAUCCGUCGCAUCACUGCGCCGACUCCACCCACCGUCGCACGGAUCAUCAGGAGCUUUUUACCCAGAAUCUGCCCUCUGAUAUUGGGCGAAGGAUUCUGGAAUAAAUCACAUCUGGAUUCAAGAAAGGGGGCAGAGAAAAUCUGAGGAAAAAAUGACAGAUCUGAGAUGAGGAAUUUCUCUUGCUGAAGGGAUGAUGUGAAGCAGAUGAAUAUGCUGUUUGAAAAACAGUAUAUGUAUCAUUGGGGAAGGUUUUAUCUGUUCUUUCCAUAAUAAAGACCAAACACUACACCCGAUAUAACAGAGUUUAACCCGUCAGACCCUCUGCUCUCUGUGCCUGCCAAACUCCGGUCCUUUUGUUUUGAAUUUCCGUGUAUUUUUUGCUCCAUCUAGUGCUUAUUUCUCGCUCACUGUUUAAAUGUAUAUGGAAAGAAUGCAGCUCCUCUAAAACGGUUUCUUGUCUUCACAGCUCAUUACAGUGCACUCAUGUAACAACAAACAUUCAACCUUUUGUUUGGCUGUAACAAUAUAGUUAACUUGGGGGGAAUUCAUUUAAUUAAAGGAUUUAAAUGGAUUUAAGGGAAUACACAAAAAUAAAAAGAACAGUAAAAGAGGCAGGAUAAAAGUAUUUGGAAAGUAUCCAUUCAGUUUGACUUAUUAUAUCACUUAAUAGACUGUGAAUUUAAAAUAGGUACACAUACAGUUUUUUGUGUAUGUCUAAUAUUUCGAAAAUAUAAAAUAAUUUCAUAUCUUGUCAGUCAAUUAUGCAUUACAUUAUAAUUUGAAUAACAAAUUAUUCAGCCUACAUUUUCAAUUCAAAAUGGUUAAAUGUAACAAAUAAAUUUGAGUCGUUUGCAUAUAAUUGGAUAUCAUUGUCAGACAUUUAAUAUUUUGUAACAGUUGUCAGUUAGCAUAUGGUUAACUUCUUACAUCUUACCUCACAUUCUUCCACUGUCAAACACGGAAGCAUCAAGCUGGAAUUCAUGUUCGUAAAGCCUGCCUUCUUGGUUUUGAAAGGUCAUCUCAAUCAUUUUGACUCUGACGAGAGCUGUCAGACCAUUGAGGCAGACCAGCCUAAAAUGAUUUAAAAUGUUUUGUGAUCCUAACAACAAACACAGCAACGUAAAGAAUAUCAAAUCUGGUGAGGGACAAUUGGCAAUUUCUAAAUUUUGGACUGUGGUUGUCUGUGAUGGUUACGGCCCUGCAAACAUACACAUGCAAUAAAAUGCAUGACCACACACACUCAAAUGUGGUUUUAACUCUUUUGUAACGAGCCACUGAACGCUUUUCACUAAACUCUUUUCACUAAUUGACCAUCUUGCAAAGUGUAGCUAAUUAAUUCAAACAUUAUCCGAGAAGCUGCAUCAGCUGAGGUUGAUACUCUUUUUUUUUUUUUUUGGUAGAAGUGCAUGUAUUUUCUAAAACAACUAAGAUAAUUCAAGUGGAGUUUGAUCUUUUGCAUCUGUCUGUCUCUCAUGGCAGACUAGCUUCCCAGCCUGUGUAAUACUUUCCUAGAAUGCCUCUGCAUGCAUCAAGCAGGCUUGUUUUCUCUUUUUGAUUGAACACCAAAUACACACAGAUACACAAACAUCCUUGUGACAAAACUAGGUACCACUAAUGCAAGUUUGAGAUUUUGGAUUUUAAAAUACAGAAGAUUCUCUGGCAGUAAGCAUACUGUAAUUUCGAACUAUUGCAGGAAAUUGGGACUGACAUUGAGUGAUACCAAUGAAUACUGAACACUCAUUGGAAGUGAGACAAUGAAUCAAGUCAAACUGAUAUGUUCAAGGAUUUUACAAUGUUCCGGACAGUUUGGGAAUGAUACUUUGGAAAGACAGCUUCUGGUGUAUCUACUUUGUUGUACUGGGAAAUAGAUGUACAUCUGAAGGAAUAAUUGCAGUUGUCAAUUGUUUAGAAGUGCUUUGGAAUGCUAGCUAAUGGCUUUGAAUCAGUAGCAAUGUUGCUGAAUAAUGCAUUAAUACAGUUGCUCUAUAUGUAAAUAAGUUUGAUGCACGGACCCUCAUGCUCACACACAUUCUGCAACUUUGAAGCACUGAAAACAAAUCUGAAAAAGAGCUUGAUAUUCUACCUCUUGUCUUGCAUACACUGACAUGUUAUGGCCCAGUGGAAUAUUUAAAUUAAUUUAAGGAUUUUAUGGACUAUUUAUGAAACAACUUCUACACUGAUUGAUGAAAACAUUGCUAUUCUGGGAAUAUGAUGCCUAAAAAGAACAUUUAAAAAAGCUCUACUUCAUGAACUUUUAAUGCAAGCUAUGUAAAAUCACAACAAUAAAUGUAUACACAUCAAAUUUA